UGACAAUACGCGGGCACCAUGUUUCAUGUGUUUAUGUUGCAUGCCCGUAAUCUGUAAUUGAGGUUAAAAAUAAUUGUAUUUUGUUAAAGUGGAAUAUUAAAAAUUAAAUUUUACCAUUGAAACUAAGCUUACUGCACAAAAUGAGCAUGUCAGCCGCUGUUACUCAUCCUGUGAUGCUGGAAAUGUCAUCCACUGGGUGCAAGGAUCAAAAAGCAAUAUCGCUAGCAUUUCAAACGUAUAUGGAGCUCUGUGAAGUUGAAAUUCUUUGGAAUGUUGAACAUCACUUCAAUGAGGAACUGGAUUUGAUCUACCUGUCAGCCGCUGAGAAGUCAGAUGGCGAGAAAAAUGUGUACGUUCCAAUUUCUUACCUACACAUCAUCACGCCUGAGUGGCUCGUCGAAACUAGAAAGCAGAUGGAAGAGAGGCACAAAAAUUCAAUAAUUACAAUCGUGAUCCGAGGCGAAGAUACGACGGUGGUGCACUACAAACUAUCGCCGGGUCUGGUGCCGCCUCUCUCGCCCAAUGCCACUAAACUCAAGAAGAUAGCCGACGAAAAACGACAACUUUUCGAACACGAAAUAAGAAAGCGCAAAUACGAACUGAUUGCCUCCGCCAAGGAAGGCUCUAAACACAGACAAACAACUGAUGAGAAAGCUGAUUCGAACAAAGAUAUCACAAAUGACGAUAGUAAUGAUGUGUGUGAAGUGAGUGCGAUGGAGACAAGCAGUUCUAAGGGUAGCGAAACUGGUAAUGAAAAAGUAGAUUCAACAAAAGACGUGACAAAUGAGGAUAGUAAUGAUGUUUGUGAAGUAAGUGUGAUGGAGACAAGCAGUUCUAAGGGUAGCGAAACUGGUAAUGAAAAAGUAGAUAAAACAAAUAAGGAUAGUGACGAUAUUUGUGAAGUAACUGUGAUGGAAACAAAUAGUACUAAAGGUAGCGAAACUGGUAAUGAAGAACGGGAUUCAACCAAAGACGUGACAAAUGAAGAUAGUGAUGAUGUUUGUGAAGUAACUAUGAUGGAGACAAAUAGUUCUAAAGAUUGCAAUGAGGAAAUAGAUUUGACCAAAGACAAAGAAAGUGUGUCUCAAGUGCCUAUUACAGUUACAAUAGACGAGGAUGGAGAUAGUAGUCAAUCAAAACAUGUUGAAGUGAUUGAACUGUGAGUGUAAUGUGAUAAAACUUCGACUGAAGUUUUUUAAAUACUUUUCUGGAAGUGUUCACUCAGUUGCAAAAAAGCGUGUUAAAUUUUAACUGUGAUUGAAUGUCUCGAGAACCAAUCAGAGAAGUCUCCUCAAGGUUGUUCGGUCCACCUUUUUAUUUUUAUUUAAAUUGGAUAAUCUUUUUCAAUAUAAUUGUUAAGAUCAUUAUAAGAGUGAGAAAAAGUGGCAACUGACAUUUUUAACUGGUCUAAUAAGCGAGUUAUGGGUUGUUGAAGUGCUAACUCCGUUUUCUUUCCAGAUCAUAAACUGUUUCGAAUUUUCCAUUGGAGUUUUUUUUUUAAUACAUUCAGUAUAUCAUUGGCUUUGUUCUAAUAUGCGUUUUUCGUGAUUAAUGCCAAAAUAAACAAGUUACCAAAUUUACAAAAAAUGAUACGUUUUUAUUUAAGAACGAUAAGGGGAAUAAAAUGUUUUAGUUUGGAAAGAUACAUUUUUUGAUUUUUUAAGUGAAGUUCUAAUAAUAUAGUCGAAACCGUUUAUGAUCUGGAAAGAAAACGGAGUUUAGCACUUCAACAACCCAUAACUCGCUUAUUAGACCACUUAAAAAUUUCAGUUGCCACUUUUUCUCACUCUUAUAAUGAAUGAUCUUAACAAUUAUAUUGAAAAAGAUUAUCCAAUUUGAAUAAUAAAAAUUAGUGUACCGAACUGCCUUAAUCGUCAUUGAAUGCCAUGAUAAGCCUUUCAAAAAGGCUUUCCCUGAUUGGUUGUCGUGGCAUUCAAUUAUGAUUAAAAUUGAACAUGCUUUUGUGCAACUGGGUCUUUAUAUUUUUAUAUAAACUGUUUCUAGCAUAGUUUUAUAUUGGUUUGACAUAAAAUGAAAUCAUGGCAGAAGACGAAUUUGAAGUGUAUCGUUAGAAGGUAUCGAAAUUUAGCCUACUACUUGGGAAAAAAUUCCCCACUUUUAUGGGUCAAAAAUGAAUAAUAGUUUGUUUGGUUUUUAAUUCUAGAGUUGCAUCCACUAAAAAAUAAUUGUAACCGGUUAUUUUUCGUUUAAUGUAGCCUUGUUCUAGAUUUUUCUAUAAAAUGAAUUGAUAAGUACCUAAUUUGACUUACAAUAUUUUCACCGUAACUUCCUUUCUGUUCUGUCGAAUCUUUAGAUUUUUUAUGUGUUGAAAAACUGGCAGCUGAGUGAGAUGAAAAUGUAACCUACAUUUUAGUAUAAUAAUAUUAACAAACUGUAUAUUAUUGUUUAUUACUUGGUAUACCCACUAUGUACAAGAUCAGCUUUUCCCCUUGAAGAGUUGAAACAAUUUUCUGGGGAAACUGAUAUAAUAGAUGCGCCUCUUGAAAUUGUAUAAUUAAUUUCAUAUAUUUCUUCUUCAAGGUGCUGUUGCUGUAUUGUAUAUUUAAUUGAUAACCAUAUCAAUUUCCUAGUUACCAUUAUGAUUCUCAACUUAUAAUUAUUAUCAGUGAUGACUAGUACAAUUACAGGAUGAAUAGAGAUAUUCCUUGUUGUCAACAUUUGAAUGUUUAUUUGGAACUGUAACGUUUUACAAUAACAGUAGCUUUAUAUUGGAAAAUUCAUUGAUUGAAAAUAAACUAUGAAUAAAUU